ACGGGAAAAUGGUUAAUCUAUCAUCUCAUCUCUUUCUUUUUUCGCUCUCAGUGCAUUGUUGUGUUAUUGUUUGCUUAGCUGCAAAUACAAAAAACAUCACCACUGAUCAAUAUGCUCUUCUAGCAUUCAAAUCUCUAAUUACUUCAGACCCUUAUGAUGUGUUGGCUAAUAAUUGGUCAACCUCAUCUUCCGUAUGCAAUUGGAUUGGUGUAACUUGUGAUGAGCGGCACGGUAGAGUUCACAGUUUGAUUCUCCGAAACAUGAGUCAAGGAGGUACCGUUUCCCCAAACUUGGGGAAUCUGUCCUUCCUUGUUAUACUUGACCUAAAAAACAAUAGAUUCGGUGGUCAGUUUCCUAAAGAGUUAUGUUCGUUGCGCCGAUUAAAGGUUCUUCAUAUCAGCUACAACGAGUUUGAAGGGGGGAUUCCUCCAGCAUAAAGGAACUUAUCACAACUUCAAUAUUUGUAUCUCGGCGCUAACAAUUUUAAUGGUUUUAUUCCCCAAUCUAUCGGUAACCUUCAUGGGUUGAUAGAAUUGGAUACCAUACAGAACAAGUUGUCUGGACCCAUACCUCAAACAAUUUCUAACAUGUCUUCCAUUGAAGUUCUCCAUUUAUCUUCUAACUACUUUUCAGAACACAUCCCAGAAUACGACAACAUCAUCCGUCUCAAAAGCUGUUACAACAAAUACUUAACAGCAUCAAACCAGCCUUUACUUCUAGGCGUCAUGGGUCAAAAAGUAAUUCAAACACUGCCAAGGAGACUCGAUUCAUCUGUGGAAUGGGAAGGUGCACAGGUUAAGCUGAAAACAAGAUAUGGGAAUUUUCUUAGAGGUAAUGGUGGGUUACUGCCUUGGAGAAAUUCAGUUCGCUUGAGAUUCAUCAUAGAAGUGCUACUCAGGAUUGGAUUCUUUGGGAUGUUGAUGUUCUUGAGAUUCAUGUUGGAAAUCCUCCUCCUCCUCCUCCAAUUCCUCAUUCUGAUUCUCUUGAUUUUGGAUCUUCUACUCCUUCUGCUCUUUCCUUCAAAUCUGAUCGGUUUUCUAGAUAAGAUCACAAGUGAUGAAGGACCAAGUCUUAAAGCAAAAGAAGGGAUCUAAAAGCAUGAUUGAGGCAUGAAGCAUGAAAGAUGCAAGAUUGAAGCCUGUUUGAGAAGAGAAAGAAGGGAAAUUCUGACCUAUCUAUCGCGUAGGGUCGUGCGUGCCAUUGCACUGACCGUGCGCCCCUUCCAGUGAGACCGUGCCCAGUUAAAUUCACAAUGUUGAGAGCUACGCACGGACCGUGCGUGUGAAACGCACGACCGUGCGCGGUCCUAACUUCCAGAUUCUGCUGUUGUGCAUUGAACCAAGCACGGUCGUGUGCCUUGCAAGCACGACCGUGCGCGUGGGCCUAAGCUGAUUUUGUGCAAAAUUAUGUUCCAAUUUGGGCUGUUUUUAAGACAUAGAGAUCUACUCAGUCAUGUUCAUCUUGGAAUAUUUAGUGACAAUUGUUUCCAUUGAAUCAAAGUCUUUAUUUUUUCUGCAA